GCCAUGCGUUUUUUGUUUACGACUGAUAUUUAAAUGUCAAAAUAUAAUUUAAAAAUGAGCUGAUUUUUUAAUUGUCCGCUUUAAAAUGGGCAAUACUCUCUGCUGUUAUAAAAGAACAACGAAAAAGAAAAUCGUGUUAUUAUUAUUGGGUUUGGACAAUGCGGGUAAAACUGUCGCAGCCAAAGGAUUGGCCGGACAGUCAAAUGAAGGCGUUGUACCCACAAUGGGGUUUUCAAUCAUAAAUUUAAAGUUUCUGUCUUACAACGUAGACAUUUAUGAUUUGGGUGGAGCAGCUGGCAUAAGAGGAAUAUGGAAUAAAUAUUUCACAGAUGCCCAUGGAGUUAUUUUUGUGGUAGACUCGAGUGAUAUUUCGAGACUUGAGGAGGCAAAAUUGGCGUUAUUUAAUAUAUUGAGCAACGAAAAAAUCGCCGGGAAACCUUUAUUGAUUCUAGCAAAUAAACAAGAUUUUGAGAAUGCUCUAGAUGAAGUUGAUAUUAUCGAAGAGUUAGAUAUUGAGAAUAUAGUAAACAUACAAAAAUGCCCCACGUUGGUUGAAAGUUGUACGGCUACCGAAGUAAAUAGUCAGUAUAGAAUCGAUCCGGGUAUAAAACGCGGUUAUGAUUGGUUGCUAAGUUACAUCAGUGGUAAUUUUGAGAAAUUAAAUUGUAGAGUAUUGAUGGACGUUAAAGAACAAAACGAAAUAGAUAAGAGAGUGAUGGCGGAAAAAAUCGCGAGAAUUAAAGCCAUGCAGUUGAGGGAAAAGGAAAAAAAUGAUGUAGAUGCGAUAGAAUCUUACUCUGAUUACGCUAGAAAGCUGGAUCAACAAACGCAAACCAACGAAGUUGUAAUGGAAGACAUUGCAUCGGAGUCCGAAAAAUCGUUCCCCGAGGUGUACCCUGUAAGAGAACCAAAACCGGAACGGCCCAAAUCAGCCAGGCAACUGGUUAUAGAACAACUCCAAAUGACGAAUCCCGCCAGAAAAACGUUCUUCAAGUCGAACAAUAAAGUCGGCGUUAUUAAUUCCAGGAAAACGCGCUCGGCAAAGGAAAAACGAUCAAACUCUUUCAUCGACACGCGGAAUUUGAAAUCUGCCGGCCACCACAGAAACUUCAAAUCCAUGGGAGACACCAUCGAAAUACCGAAUGUUGUUUCAGUCGGCCCUAAUGGGGAUAACAACCCCAAGGAAGUUUUUCGCCUUAACAAUUUAAGCCUUAAAAAUGCCGUAGACGAUGUGCCUUGGUUUCACAAAACCAUUAACGGAGAUAGCGGGAUUAGUGUUGUAGACGUAGAUUAGUUUUUUCACAAUUUAUUACAUAUUUUUUUAAACAUACAGCAUUUGUGCAGUUACGGAUCAUAA